CCCGCGUGCAACAGCAACAGCCACUUCUGCACAGCCAGGACAGGACAGGACAGGGACGAAGUACAUGGACCUGUGCAUUGACACCGCUGAGGACGCAGAGUGGCGUGAGGACGUCGCCUUAGUCCUCGCGACCAUGCGCCUCCCAGACGAAGAUGCAGCGAACGAGUAUCUGUCAGCCACUCUUGAAAGUCACUACGUACCUGAGCCCCAUGACCCACCGCUGAGCUUUCUGGCCAUCGUGAACUCUUUGCGCAGCAUACUUCCAGCGCACGACGACGCGUCCAUAGAACCCAGCGAGUUGUUUGACGACUUUUUAGAUGAGGAAUGGGACCUCAGCGGGAAUUGCGUCCGCGUGGAUGAGCAAGGAAACCCUGUUUGGUCGAGUGUGCUUCUGUUUUUGGAAAAAGUCGCUACAGACGCCCACGCUAAGGCAGCGGAUAGCGCUGUUCAACAGCGGAUUCGAGAGCCGUCUUAUGACGCAAGAGCGUUAUACAUUAUGGACGAGCCACUUUUACCUGCGCAAACAACCAUGACGAGUAUUGUCCCAAAAUUCAAGCCUUUGCCGACUGUCCAGCAGCUUGCUGGGCGUAUGAUUAGAUUGGGAAUCAAGGAAAAGGGUUUUGAAGAAGAAGGCGGGCAACUAGCUGAAGCCAUGGGGCGGCAAUUCAACGCGGCCUUGAGCGAGCCGUUUUUGGGAAGACCUUCCUCGGCUCGGCUCUUGUUGAGUAUCGUUGAUCCGUUUGACACAGUCUCCGAUCCUUUCGCGGAAGAUCGGUGGUUGGGAGAGCUGCUUACGGAGAACCUGAGUAAAAAGAUGGAAGCCUCCGAACCAAUGGAAGCGCCAAUCUUUGCUACCAGAAACGAUCCCGAAAAGCUGCCGUCCCCAAAGUUUACGACUCCUCUGCCGGCGGAGUCACAGCUUAUGCCAGAUUGCUUGACAGAGGACGCGCCGUUGUCUGCGCUUGUCGAAGGUUUAGGGGCCGGGAUCAGCUUUCUCAAAGGGCUGGAAGAAGAAGAGGACGACAUGGCGGGGCGCGUGGUUCCUGACGGACUUUUGGCGGCACUCAGUGAACCAUUGAUAGACGCCGCAGAUGACGCGACAGUGCAAGCCACCAUCGACCACGUAUGCACAGCGACAACGGACGUAGACAUAAUGAGACGCAUGGGAACAACAGAUGAAGACGACGUGCCUAACCCCAGCAAGAAGAAGCGAAGGCUGAGACGCAUCGAAUCCCCCAUUCUCUCUUUCGCAGAUGAGCCCGAUCUUUGCCCCAAACGCCGUCGGCAAAACGAUUCGUUACCCGAGUUAACUUUGGACGCAGUUGUUAACGGGCAGUUUGGCGGAAUGGAUUACAAAAGUCUCGAAGAGCCCCAACAAAGUACGACCGAUGGGGACGAUCUAGCCGAAGACCUCUCCACCUUCUUCGACUUCGCCGGCGCGGCCUCCACCAAGCCCUACACCCCCAUCCUCGAUUCCCCCUGGGAUGUCGCAUCCACCAAACAACUUAGCAUCCCCAACCUCCCCCACCCACCCCCCUUCCACCCUCGCCCGGACGCAUGGACGAGUUUCCGGGCCCUGGUGCAAAAGACGUUGAAGUUGCGCCCGUUUGAGAAUAUGACCUCGACGGAGCUGGCGUUGAUGCAUUGGAACCCGAUUGCGGCGAUGAUGAGGGCGAUGGGGGUUGGGGAUGAUGAGGCGAUUACUGUUGGCGGGAUUGGGAGGGGCGUUUUGAGCGGGGCAUUUGGGGUUGAGGAUCACGAGGGGUUGAGAAGGGUGAUUGUCGAGGCUUGUGAGGUGGAGGAGCUUAACCCUGGAGAUUACAUGGAAUUCGAGAGUACCUCCGUUAACGACGGGGACAGGCCUUCAUCUCCAAUCCAGGCCAUGCGAACUCUCCGUGCUCUUAAACCCCCAAAGACCGCACCGGUGGGCCAUCCUCCACCGCCCAAUAUAAGUUCAGCCCGCAACACUCCGCAGCGAACCAUCCCGGUCGUCGAUCUAGUCAACCCUCCGCCUAACAAUUUACGUCCCGCCCACAACGCUCAGCAAGGAGCGGUACCCGUCAUUGACCUACGAUUCGAUGAGCCCGGAGAUCACAUGAUCAACCUCGGCCUCCGACGGCAUAACGUAGACUCACCUAUAGAAAUCGAGGACGAGCCCGCAUUCGAAAUCCAUUCAGUUGAGGAGAUCCUCCCACCCCUACCUCUAGACAACCCGCGAUCGACACGUGAGAAUGCAAUGGACGACCCCGCACAGAACUUGGAAGAAGUGCUAGCGAAAUAUAGGAAGCCGUUUUCGGUGAGGAGUUCUUUGGAUCAGUUUUUGACGUUGAGGGGUCGGCCGCCAGCGGUUGUUACUGGGAUUGUUGAACGCGUCGGGGCGCAGGCGGAUAAAGCGGCGGAGAACAGAACUCCCACUAGUGAAAUGUUCCCAACGCCCACCGCCGUCAAAUUCGCCCUUCCGCCCUUCGACAGCGAAAGCGCCACCCGCCACACUUAUAUCGCCGGCGAACGUAUCCUGAAGAACAAGGAUCUGGUCAGGGCUUUUGAGAAGACCUAUGCGGUGGACUUGAUUGAGCGGGAUUUGGAGUGUGCUUCCGAAGAUGCAGCGCCUGGCGCCCGACUGGAAGCGGAUUUGAUCAUCGAUGAGAGAACCUGCGUCAUUUUCUACCCACUCCCCCACCUCCCCCUCACAACCACUCACCUCCCCACCACGCCCACCCCCCACACCUCCCCCCUCACCGCCCUAGGCACCCUCGGCACCACCGAACUCGGCUCCCUUCUCCUCCGCUGCAUCCUCCGCUUCACCCGCGUGCAUCUCGUCCUGGAAGCUGGCCCACAGACAGGCGCGUAUAUGCUCACACCGCCUGUCGUGAAUGCGCUGCAGUGGGUUGGCGCGUUUGCGGCAAGUUGUAGGAACUGGGCGGAGGUGAGGUGGGUUGUUAGUUUGGGGGCUGAGGAGAGUGCGUGGAUCGCGAGAAACAUCGGCGACACGAUCGCGGAAUCCUACGACACACCGCCCAACUCUUCCACCACCCCAAAAGCCUGGCUCUCCCGCCCCGCCUACGAAACGCGCACCUGGCUCUCACAUGAAGAAUCCGCGCAAGAACGGUUCCUGCGCUCCUUCCCGACGCUCAACUCCUUCUCGGCGCAGAUCGUGUUAACGAUCAUGACGCUGAGGGAGUUUAUGCUGAUGAGUGUCGAGGAGGUGGUGGAGAAGGUCGGGGUGUGGGUGCCGGAGAGGGGGUUGAGGGUGUUUUGGGAGAUGGUUAACACCCAAUUGGGGAUUGGGGUGGAGUGA